AUGCACCAGCCUGAGUCAGCCGCAGACGCCAGCGCCGCGAAGAUGGCGCACCCGGCGAUGUUCCCUCGGAGGGGCAGCAGCAGCGGCGGCGGCGGCGGCGCUCCCGGCGCGCCAGGUACGGCCGCGGCCGCCGAGGAGUACCCGCCGGCCCUGCUGGCGCAGCCGCCGCCGCCCGCGGCCGCCGCGGCGGCGCCCCCCCCGCCGCCACAGAGCCUGAACCUGCUCCCGCAGCCGCCGCAGCCGCUGGCGCAGGCCGGCGCGCAGAUGAAGAAGAAAAGUGGCUUCCAGAUCACCAGCGUGACCCCCGCGCAGAUAUCGGCCAGCAUGAGCUCCAACAACAGCAUCGCCGAGGACACCGAGAGCUACGAUGACCUGGACGAGUCCCACACCGAAGACCUGUCCUCCUCAGAAAUACUGGACGUUUCGUUGUCCAGGGCCACUGACUUGGGAGAGCCGGAGCGCAGCUCCUCUGAAGAGACUUUAAAUAACUUCCAAGAGGCAGAGACUCCCGGGGCUGUUUCUCCGAACCAGCCUCACCUUCCCCAGCAGCACCCUCCUCUGCCACAUCACCCGCAGCAGAGCGUGGUGAUCAACGGGAACGUUCACCCCCAUCACGUCCACCACCACCACCAUCUUCACCACCACCAUCACGGACACCAUCAUCCAUCGCAUCCCGGGGUGGGCAGUGCCCCCGUUUCCGGAGGACCUCCCCCCAGCCCCUCAUUUAGGAAACUCUCCACAACUGGAAGCUCUGACAAUGUUAUAUCAACGGCACCGGUUUCUGCUGCAUCAUCCACUGGGUCCCCUGCAUCUGUCAUGUCUAAUAUCCGCACUACAAGUACUCCUGGCAAUUUAGGUGUAAGUCCUGCUGCUGGAACUAGUACCUUAAAUAAUAUGAGUGCUGGUAGUUCUAGUGUGGCGAGCAGCAUGCUUGGUACUAUAAAUCUAAGUAACAUCCCGAGUACUGGUAAUGUAAAUGCUUUGUCUGGAACUAGCGGCAAUGUUAAUGUGAAUAUCUUGAGUGGUGUUGGCAAUGGUACGAGUGCUUCCUCUAAUGUCAUUAACAAUGUUACUAAUCCAGCUGCAGGAAUGGCGGUGGGAGCGAGCCAGCAGCAGCCCGCAGCUGGCACGUCCAGGUUUAGAGUUGUGAAACUAGACUCUAGUUCUGAACCUUUCAAGAAAGGUAGAUGGACAUGCACUGAGUUCUAUGAUAAAGAAAACACUGUUGCAGUUACAGAAGGAGUAGCAGUAAACAAAGCAGUAGAGACGAUAAAACAAAACCCGCUUGAAGUGACUUCUGAAAGGGAGAGCACCAGUGGGAGUUCAGUUAGCAGCAAUGUAAGCACACUGAGUCACUAUACAGAAAGUGUGGGAAGCGGAGAAAUGGGAGCACCUACCGUGGUGCCGCAGCAAGCGUUCCAAGGUGUGGGUCCGCAGCAGAUGGAGUUUGGCGGCGCGGCUCCUCCGGCGAUUCCAGCAUCCAGCUUGCCGCAGAGCGUUUCCCAACCGCAGCUUGCACAAGUGCCGCUGCAUUCGCAAGAAGUCAGCUACCCGCAGCAGAAGCCAGGGGUCCAGCCUCCUGCCCAGGCCAGUCUAACCACCGUGGCUGGGGUUCAGCCAGCCCCGGUGAACAUCCUGGGAGUUUCCCCGUCCCUGGGCCACCAGCAGCCCGCCAUGGCGAGCAUGGCGCAGCAGCAGCAGCUCCCGUACUCGCAGCCGGCGCAGGCCCUGCCGGUUGUACAGCCGCCGCCGUUGCAGUACGGACAACAGCAGCAGCAACAGCCGCCGCCGCAGCAAGCGGUUCCCGCGCAGAUGCCCGCGGGCCACGUGAAGGCGGCCACCCAGAACUCCGUGCCGGGGGCCUUGCCCGACUACAUGCAGCACCCGCAGCUCCUGCAGGCGCCCGUGGUGGCGGCGGGCGCCCCGGUGCCCCUGGCGCAGGCGCCCGCCAUGCAGCCCUCGGGACCGGCGCACGGUGCUGCUGCCCCGGUGCCCGCCGUGGCGCACGCGGUGCCCGCCGGUGCCCCCCUGCUCGCCGUGGGGCAGCAAGGCAGCGUGGCCGCCGUGGUGCAGCCGCCUGCCGCCGCCGGCCAGAUGGCAGCGCCCGUGAUGCCGCCGCCGCCGGCGGCUGCUCCUCCGCCUUCCCAAGUGGUGCAGCCUGUGCAGGCAGGAAUCAUGCAGCAGGGAUUGCAGGCUGGCACCUCGGGCCUGCCCCAGCAAAUGGUCAUUGCUCAACAGAACACUUUGCUGCCCGUUCAGCCGCAGGCCCAAGCAGUGGAGUCCGUAGUCCAAGGAAUGCCCGGCCAGCAGCUGCCCGCCGUUAGCCCCAUACCCUCCGCUGGCGCCGUUGCUGCACCGAGCCAGGCGAGCCCUGCCGUGCCUCCCGGCAUUCCCUCUGCUUCCAUAGGCCUGGGCCCGGCGCAGAGCAUGGCGCAGGCGCCGGCCGUGCAGAACGGCGGCCUGGCUCAAGGCGUCAGCCAGCCUGCCUUGCUCUCCACGGGCAUCGGGGUGCCGGUGGCGCCCAGCAUGCCGCAGCAGCUCCCGCUCGCCUCGGCCCAGUUCCCAGCGCCGCCGGGAGCCCAGUCCAUUGGGAGCCAGAUGGAAGAUGGCCGACGUCCUGCGGAGCCUUCCUUGGUUGGGUUACCUCAAGCAGCUGGCGGCGACAGCGGUGUGGGAGCAGCGGCCGUGUCGGAGGGCAGCGGGAGCAACGUGCCCUCCUCCGCUUCCCUGUUUCCCCUGAAGGUACUGCCGUUGACAACGCACCUUGUCGACGGCGAGGAUGAGAGCUCCUCCGGCGCCAGCGUGGUCGCUAUCGACAACAAGAUCGAGCAGGCGAUGGACCUGGUGAAGAGCCACCUGAUGUACGCGGUGCGGGAGGAGGUGGAGGUCCUCAAGGAGCAGAUCAAGGAGCUCAUAGAGAAGAACUCGCAGCUGGAGCAGGAGAACACGCUGCUAAAGACGCUGGCCAGCCCCGAGCAGCUCGCGCAGUUCCAGGCGCAGCUGCAGACUGGUUCCCCGCCGGGCUCGUCGGCACCGCCGCCCGGCUCGUCGGCGCCGCAGCCCGCGCAGCCCGCGGCCCAGGGCUCGGGGCCCUCCGCGUAGCGCCCCGCGGCGCCCCGGAGCCAGCAGGACUAGCGGGAACGUGGCACGCAUCCCGCAUCCACCGCCGCAACCCGGAGCCAGCACUGCUGCGUUACGUCACCGUGAGAGGCUUUCUUCCUUUCCGUUCCUGUUCCGGUUUUUUCUUCUUAUUAUUUUUUUAUUCCCCGGUGUCACGCACUCAUCUGCCUCUCUCUACCCACCCUUCCCUCUUCGGCGUGAAGGAGUCUUUGUCCUUAGGCUGAUUUAAUAAAUAAACUUCUUCCAGGAAAUCAGCACAAGCACACUGGGGACUCGAGCAGCCUCGGCAACGACUGAGAAAUGGAGCUGCGUCUCUGAAUCAUUAUUGCUUUUUGUUCUUUUUUUUUUUUUUUCCUGCUGUUUUAUUUUUAAAUCUUCCACUCAUCCAGUGAUGUAACUGAUCCAAGUGCUUUUCAAGCGUGGAAACGUGGAGAAAUAGACUGGAGUAAAAAGCGAUGGCUCAAUCCCCCCGUAGUGCCCUGGGGUUCCCAAGGGAGCACUGGUGCAUAGGACCUCAGAGGAAGAGGGAGGAAGGUAAAUCCAGUGUUUAACACUUAACUGUCACCUGAAACCUUAAGUGCAAAUAAGUUUGCACCGUUUUCUGACGCAGCGGACAGGUGCAUAAAGCUGUAUUAUAUAGAGAGAGCAGGUAGGUGACGAGUAGUUGGGUCAUAGGUAACUGCAAUGAAGGUUAUUUGCCUACUGUAUAUUUGUGUAUUUAGUGUAAUUACUUUGUAAAAUAGAAAACUGUAACUAUUUAGGUUGUACAGAUUGAAGUUUAGUUGUUUCAUUGGCUGAUCUGAAGAGGUUUGGAAAGUCUCUUUUUUUUGUUUUUGUUUUUUUUUUUUUUAAAGGCUACAUAAAUAAGAAUGCACCUACGCAACUGUUCAGAAUUUGGCAGAUUUAUGCUGUUUGUGUAACUCUGAAUU